ACGCUCGCCAGCGGCCUAUAAAACUUGCGAGUCACUGCGGACUCGACAGGAUCAACCUCGACCGUUUCAGGAGUAUCUGUCUGCAACUGACCAUGAAGGCUGUAGCUCUCGUCCUUGUCCUGGCAGUCCUCACUGGCUGCAAUGCCCGCGUGGUGCGCCAGGCCGACGCCACCCCAGACCACUGGGUGCAGACCGUGGACCGCUUCUGGGAGUACGUCUCCGAUCUGAAUCAGAAGGCCGAUGGAGUCGUUCAGACCAUCAAGAGUUCGCAGCUCAACCGGGAGCUUGACACUCUGAUCACGGACACCAUGGCCGAGCUGACGACGUACAAGAACGACCUCCAGGCCAAGCUGAGUGCCUCAGCCCCCACUGGCCAGCUGGCCACCGACCUGCAGCUGCUGGCCAACCGGCUUCAGAAGGACAUGCUGGACGCCAAAGAGCGCAGCGGCGACUACCUGGCCGAGCUCAAGACCAUGGCGGAAACCAACUCGGGCGACGUGCGAGGCCGCAUCAACGCCUACACCAACAAGCUGAGGAAGCGCCUCAGCAAGGACACCGAGGACAUCCGCAACAUUGUGGCCACCUACCUGGGCGAGCUCCAGUCGCGCACCUCCCAGAACCUGGAUGCCGUGAGGCAGCAGGUGGAGCCAUUCGUCGAGCAGGCUGGCGACACCGCCUCCCAAAAGAUGUCCGACCUCUCGACUGUGCUGAAGACCCAGGCCCAAGGUCUAGGCCAGCAGCUGGAGAGUCAGGCCGAGGGCCUGAGGACCCAGCUGGAGGCAACGGCCGAGGAGCUGCGCACCUCCCUGGAGGGCAAGCUCGACGAGCUGACCGAGCUCUUUGCUCCGCUCACCGCCCAAAUCCGCGAGAAGUUGGACACCAUCGUGGAGUCGGUCAAGGAGACCGCCUCGGCUUGACGGGUGAUGCUUUGAGAGGGUCUGUCAGACCUGGGAAGGAGGAAGUUGAGAGUUACUGAUUCCAUCGUCACUUUGUUGCUCUCCGGUGUUCAGUUCAGUUUGUCGCGCUUGUAGAAAAACCGUCACCGAGGAGGCCUUAGGCCAAAUUGCCUUUCAAGUCUUUCAAGUAACACAAUUAACUGACUGAAGAUGCGAUAAUGACAAUCAGCCACUAGGUAGCGCUGCCUCGCUUGUUGUUGCUUGUAACCCAGUAUCGUUCAUAUUUUGCAUCUUGCUGCCUGCCUGCUGCUCUCUGUUGCCAGUAAAGAAACAAGUCCCAAAAUACCA